AUGUUCUACAGUAAUUAUCUGGAUGUGGCCAGCUACAGGGAGGAGCACGGGCCAUUUGUCAGCCUCGAACCCCCUGCCGUCGCGAGUCUUAGCGUGGCUCCGGGCCUUCAGAGGCCUUCAGAAGCCUUCUCCAGCUUCGGCGCAGCCUUUCGCUUUAUUUUCCAACAUCCAUACCCGUCCCAUCCGCCGUCUUGCGACAGAACACCAAACGCCCGCGCGCAGCAGCAGAAGCAGAAGCAUCAUCCAGCAAGCGUCGCAUCAAACCAGCGCCGGCUCGACGGCCCCUCGGCGACAUCCGCGCUUUGUCCGCAGCUCUAUUGUGCUCGAUCGAGUCGCAGUUCCUCCCUGGCCGGCAGCUUUGCGACCACACACACAUACGCAUCUUCCACCAUGGCCAACUUCCUCGCCUCCAUCUUCGGCACCGAGCAGGACAAGGUCAACUGCUCCUUCUACUACAAGAUCGGCGCGUGCCGGCACGGCGACCGCUGCUCGCGCAAGCACGUCAAGCCCUCGUACUCGCAGACCAUCCUGCUGCCGUCCAUGUACCAGAACCCGGCCCACGACGCCAAGAACCGGCUGACGCCCGAGCAGUGCGCCAACCACUUCGACGCCUUCUACGAGGACCUGUGGUGCGAGCUGUGCAAGUACGGCGAGCCCGAGGAGCUCGUCGUGUGCGACAACACCAACGACCACCUGAUCGGCAACGUCUACGCCCGCUUCAAGUACGAGGACUCGGCCCAGGCCGCCUGCGACGCCCUCAACAGCCGCUGGUACGCCGGCCGCCCCAUCUACUGCGAGCUCAGCCCCGUCACCGACUUCCGCGAGGCCUGCUGCCGCCUCAACAGCGGCGAGGGCUGCGUCCGCGGCGGCUUCUGCAACUUCAUCCACCGCAAGAACCCCACCCCGGACCUCGACCGCGAGCUGACCCUGGCCACCAAGAAGUGGCUCAAGGAGCGCGGCCGCGACGCCAAGAGCGUCAGCCGGAGCCCCAGCCCGGAGCCCACCCGCAGGAGAUACUAG